AUGGAGUCUCUCGAAACCGCUGCAGGCUCUUGGGAAGGUCAGGAAAGGGAUGCUGCACUGAAAAAAUGCUCACCUGAAGUGGGCAUGAUAGGUAUGAAUCCAUCGGUGGAAAUGGAGGGUAAAGAGAGGCACCAUCAGCACCUGCAGGAGGGUCUAACCAGAGACACAUGCGAUUCUAAAAAAGUGCAUGAUUCAGGGAAGCCACUGACUAUCGAGGAUUCCGGUUCCCUGAUUCAAGAUGCCGAAGUGUCGUCGUUUUCACAGCAAACCGCUAAAGUGGUGGGCAAACAAAGGAAAUCGCACGGUUCACCUGAACAACAGAGUUGCUCUUCAGGGAUGGAGCUGCAAUCAGACGCCGUUGCUAAGGCUGACCCAAAACCACAGAAGCCUGGCAAGUAUGUUUGCAAUUACUGUGGAAGGGCAUGUGCCAAACCUAGCGUGCUUAAGAAACACAUCCGCUCGCACACUGGGGAGCGGCCCUACCCUUGCAUCCCUUGCGGGUUCUCCUUCAAAACCAAGAGCAAUUUGUACAAACACCGAAAGUCCCACGCUCACUCCGUUAAAGCUGGAACGUCGCCGUUCCCUCACGUCAGCAUGGACCAGGGGUCUUUCGAAGGUGAAGGGGAACUGUUCUCUGAUGCAGAGCAGAGCACAGACACGGACGAGGACACCUUUAGUGACCCAUUGCUGCUGCUGGACUCCCCAGCGGAGGUGUCUGAUCACACCGCCGUCAAAGUGCUCAACCUCAUUUCUCACAAAAAGGCAUUCGCGUCAGCUCAGGACGGCUUAUCCCAGCCCCCAGAAAUCAACACUGCUGAGGCUAACCGUGCAAUUCAAUCUUGCGCAAUUAAACAAAGGCUGGCGCUUCGGCUGUCAGAAAAAAGGAGCGGCGACUCGGAACACAAUCUCUCCCUCCCGAGUCAGUCCAGUAAAGGCAGUACGGAUUCUGGCUAUUUUUCCCGAUCUGAAAGUGCCGAGCAUCAGACCAGUCCCCCGAACGCUAAUGCCAAAUCCUACCAGGAAAUAAUGUUCGGGAAAUGUUAUAGGCCCAGCCCCAAGCAGACCACAGAAUCCCUGGCUUGCAGGGCAGAUUCUGAUGAUACUGUAAGAUGCCCAGAGAAAGGAGUCUCUCGCGUUUUCACCCAGGAAAAGGACACUGUCGAGUCAAUCAGAAUAAAUACAAAAUCCUUGGUGAGAGAAGAGGUGAAAGAAGGGCAGUUUGAAGGUGCUUCUGACAUGAGUACCCUCCUAAGGAGCAACAGCAUGCCCACCUCCUCGGCGGUCAGCCUGACCAUGCCCCAGGCCCUCCGGGGCAGCCACUCUUUCGAUGAGAGAACUAGCAACGCUGGCAUGAGGAGACUCCGGCGGCAAGCCGCUUUCGAGCUGCCAUCCCACGAGGGCCACGUGGACAGCGACGGCCACUCUAAGACGAGCGAGCUGUCACCUACGGGACCAGAAAUGGACAAUUACCCACCAAGCGUGAAUCUGCAGAGGCAUGCCAUGGAGCUGGCCACACGGAAGCGGCGGAAAGAAAAACGGGAAGAGGAGGAUUUGCCGUCACAGUACGAGGUGCAUCACGAGCACUGCGAAGAAAUGUUUGACUCUGGUAAGGAUUACGAGCCAAAGCCAGUGGGUGUUGUGAAAGGACGUUUGAGUAGUGACAUGGACAUAUCAGUCAGCCCUGAAAUGUGCGUCCGAAAAACAUUGGGAAAUGUCAUUUCCGUUAUCCAGCAUACAAAUUUCAUCAACAGGCCUCACGCUGACCAGUCCGAUUCCUACAAAAGUCUCAGGCAGAGGCAGGAGGCCUUUUCUUCCGUUCGGCCCAUGGAGGAGUCGUUUGAAAUGGAAAGUGGUGAUGGCGCGCUGAGGCAGUCCUUUCAGUUGGGUGCCAAACUGGUGCGGCAGCCCAACAUUCAAGUACCGGAGAUCAGGGUCACCGUGGAGCCCGACAGUCCAGAAAAAGCUCCGGACAUGCCGGUGAAGGAGCCGGAGAAGCACGUGGAAGAGUUUCAGUGGCCACAGCGCAGUGAAACCUUAGCCCAGUUUCCCCCCGAAAAACUCCCCCCAAAGAAGAAAAGGCUGCGCCUGGCCGACAUUGAGCACUCGUCCGGGGAAUCCAGUUUCGAGUCGGCCUGUACCAGCCUCUCGCGCAGCCCAAGUCAGGACAGCAACUUAUCUUACAGCUCUGCCUUCUCCUUUGACAGGGAGGAGAGCCUGAAGCCAGUUUCCCCUGCCAGGCAGGACGAAUUUGGCAAGCCUCUGGAGCUUUUAGCCGUGCCGGGAAGCGGCCACUCGCUUUCCGUUCUCCAUCAACGUCAGCAACAUGAAAUGCGACGCUCCUCUUCAGAGCAGGCACCUUGCAACUUGCGCAAGGAGUUCCCAGAAGUACGCAGCGUAUCUUUUGACUAUGGAAGUCUCUCACCCACAUCCAAAGUUAGGCCUGGGGACCUGGCCAAUGAGAGACGGCGAGGGAACUUAGUGCGCCAGGAGCCACUAAGCAUGGACACUGAGGCCUCGCAUAUGCAAAUGUUUUGUGGGAGCGCAACUAUGUUUUCAAACGGGAACAAUCUCCCUCAGCCGCCUCAUCCCGGCUUGUUGAUCCCCGUAAGAAUCCAGACUCACAUGCCGAGCUACAGCAGCCUCACGUACACGUCUGUGUCCCAGAUCUUUGACAGUCACUACGACAGAGUUAGCCCCGUGUUAGCUGCCUCUCAGACCCGACCUGCCACGCACACGCUUUCCUUCGAAGCUCUGGAUCUUUCCUCCGCUAAACUCAAGACAGGCAUCCCCCUCUCUCUCACUUCCCGGACCAUCUCUACCACCAACGCCUCCAGCGGCGGCGCCAACAAACGCAUGCUCUCCCCCGCCAGCAGCCUUGACCUCUUCAUGGAGGUCAAGCAGCAGAAGCGCGUGAAGGAGGAAAGGAUGUUCGGGCAAAUUGUAGAGGAGCUGAGUGCGGUGGAGCUGGGCAAGUGCCACUUGGAGGAUGAUUCACACAGAAGCAAGUUUAUCACGCUUCGAAAAGUUACUGGUGACCAGGAGUCCGCCAUGGAAAGUAGCUCUUCGGAUACCUGCUCGCCUCCGUAUACGAACGAUGCCGGCUCGGACAAACGAGUGCAGCUGCAGCCCCCAUCUCCCUUUCCGAGUCUUCGUACGGCGACUGGUGUGAGCUGGUGCUAUCUCAGCUACACCAAGCCGAGUUGCUCCCAUGAUGGCGAAGGGGGCAGCGGUACUCCUUUCUCCUCCGUCUAUGCCACGUGGCAUGUAAGCUCCCGCAAUCCCAAUCCAUCGGAGCUGAGCACCGGUGCCGCUCUGGCCCUGCUGCACUCCAGGCAGAAGGGUGGCAAGUUGAUCUACUCAAUGGCUGCCAUGUGUCAGCCCGGCAACGGGAAGCUGGUUUCGUCCCUGGUCCUGUGGCGGCAGACAUUUGAACAGCUCCAGAGGAAACCGGAGCCCAAAGAGGCAGACGUCAACCUGGGCAAGAAGGUAAAAGACACCAGCUUCAGACUGAAGGCUGCCAAGGAGGAGUGGAAGGAGAGGGAAGCGUCAAAUACCCAAACAGUACCGACGCGCAUCAAGAUUUUUGAAGGCGGGUACAAAUCCAAUGAGGACUACGUCUACGUUCGUGGCCGCGGCCGGGGGAAAUACAUUUGCGAGGAAUGCGGCAUCCGCUGCAAGAAGCCCAGCAUGCUUAAGAAACACAUCCGAACCCAUACGGAUGUGAGGCCCUAUAUCUGCAAGGUCUGCAACUUCGCAUUCAAAACCAAAGGAAACCUGACCAAACACAUGAAGUCAAAGGCGCACAUGAAGAAGUGUCUGGAGCUCGGUGUGUCAGUUUCAAUGGAUGAGACGGAGAUACAAGAACAUGUAGACGAGGCGCCGCAAGAAUCUAAGGCAGAGGUGGCGAUGACGGCCAAACAUCAGUUCUCUGACGCCGAAUACUCGGACGGCAUGGAUGAAGAUGCAGAUGAUGUGGACGAGGACGAGGAGGAGGAAGACGAAUACGAGGGUGACUCCACGCCCAAGCUGCGUUCUAGGAGCACCAGCCCACAGCCGGGCGUCGUCGUCACAUCCCUGCCAGUCACCGUCACCGCCUCCGGCAGGUGGUCAGGCUCAGACCAGAGAGAGGACGACUCGCUAGGUGUUUUGUCACCGGAUCAGGCCGGCUUCCUCUUCGACCCUUAUUCUUCAUGUCUCCUUUCACCUGGCUGGGAGUCCCCAAUCAGGGAACCGUCUCCCUCCCGUCUUCGGUACCCGUCCCCAAGGCGGGAGCUCUCACCGCGUGGUCGCUGUUCCCCCAGAUGGGACACCUCCCCGCUGAGGCCCAGCUCUCCCGGAUUCUCGCCCGUUCAGCAUCUCUCUCCUCCUGUGGUGCCGGAGCGCUCCGCUUCCCCCGGGGGGGUGGAGAUGGCAGGGAAGCGGGAGUCGGCGAUGCGGGGCAGGCAACGAGUUGUACUUAGGGCCGUGUCGCCGCGGCGAGGCGGUUGCCAUCAGCAGCGAGGCGGCGCCGACAAGAGCAGACAGCACUCCAAGAUGGACGUCGCCCAGCAACAAGGGGCCGUUGAGAUGGAACUGGAGCAGAGGAACAUCACCGUUGCUGGCGGGGGUCCCCACCAGAACCUUCUAAGCCACCUGCCUCUCCACUCUCAGCAGCAGGCCUUCAGCUUGCUUCCCGUCCUCCCUGUUGGAGGAACCCCGCAGGCGCCGCCGCCCUCCCCCGCCUCCUCUGACAAUCCACCGAGCCCAUCCGGCAAAGAGGGGGCGUCCCACAGGGACGGCGGGAGUCUAGAAUCUGGCGUCAGAGACGGCGGACAGGAAGAGAACGUCCAAACGUGCUUGAAAGCCAUCGCCUCGCUUAAGAUCAACACCGAGGACCCCCAUUAA